AUGAGUGAAGAAAAAGAAGCAGACAUUACUGGUAACAGUGAUAGUGAUAUGAUGACACAGUUGCCAGACCCCAUUUUGGAAAACAUCCUUUUCUUGUUACCAACUGCUGAUGCUGCUGGCAUGAGCACUGUCUCCAAGUAUUGGCUCAACCUAUGGAAUUCAUUCAUCAUAUUGCACUUUUCCUUCCAUGAAAGCACUCAGAAAUUUGAAAACUUUUUGCCUUUGGUUGAAGAUUCUUUGUUCUCUCUACCAUCACCUGCGAAGAAUCCAAUCAUUCACAGCUUUACAUUGAACAUGCACUUUGGCAAAGAAAGACGAAGCCCUUUUGACAUGGAUGGUGUGCGUUACAUCUCCGAAGUAACUGCUAAUGUCAAUGAUUGGAUCGGUUUGGUGCUGAAAUAUUGUGUCAAGCAUCUAAAACUUAUUUUUACAAACAUCCAAUACAAUCUGCCCUCGGAAAUAUUUAUGGCAAAAUCCUUUCUCUCAAUGCAUAUCCAAGGUUGUUCUAUCAUGGGAUACCCAUUUUUUUCCGGUGAUAAUGCACCCUUUAACUGCCUUAGAGAACUGGUUUUGUUGAAGGUUGAAACAAGUAGUAAUAGGAUUCACAAGAUCCUAUCUCACUCCCGCUUGCUUGAGAAAAUUGUUCUCAAAGAUAUUAGUAAAAUGAACUCCCUUAUAAUUUACGACCUUCCCAGGCUUAGUUAUGCUGAAAUUGAUGUAGCACUUGAGGAAAGCCUUGAGAUUGAAGCACCAAAUCUUUGUACCCUCAUCUUACACUUGAAGGGGUCAGUUCAAACUUAUGUUUCUGAUCAUGACUCAGGGUAUGGUAACUAUGGAUUAAAAAAAAUUGUUUUUGAACAUGCCAAGUUGGAGACUGUGGAGCUGCGCUUCAACUCAUGUGCUAGGUUACAGAUUGCUUGUUCUAAUCUUAGAACUUUGUUCUUGUCAAACAAGGGUUUUGACAAUCGACUGGAUGUUGAGGUUGAUGCCCCAAAACUUAAACAGCUCCAUUAUGAAGGUAAUGUUAUUCCAUCUUUUCAUGGUAUGGAAUCUCUUGUAAAGCCAACAGUCACACUCAAACUAGGUAUUGGAGGUCGUCCUGGUUUGGAUGUUGCAGUCAGGAGUUGUAUUGAGAUGUUCAACCAUCCAACAGUGCAUUUAAGUUAUUUUUAUGGCGAGAUUUUCAAAGCACAGGAGAUUCUGUGGCCAGGACAAGUACAACAAGCUGAGGUUACUUCUCCACCACCUAAAAUAAAAUGUCUGAUAUGGUCUAUCAGCCCUUCAACACCACCAUUAGCUUACCAAUUCCUUUUAGAUGGUUCACUUUGCAGCUGUCAUCCGGAAAUCCUACGAGUAGAAGCACAUCCCCUAAAUUGGGAAUUCAUAAGGUUCCUUUCUCAUGAAUUACAUAAUAUAGAAGAAAAUCCAUCCUGCUGUAAAGAUGAACCUAAGUUCAGAUGCUGGAGACAUUACUUAAAGAGUGUUAAUGUUGAGAUUCAAAGCCAUCCUGAAAGUGAAAAGCCAAAGACAUCCAGAGGCAAAGUUUUGACGAAAAUACUGAAGUAUAGUGUGCAGUUUAACAUGAACUGGUCUCGUGAUUAA